AUGGAGUUGUCUGUGUAUCAUCAACCUUCCCCAUGGUACUAUUUCCUUGCAAACCCUGCCCUCUUCUCCUAUCCCCCCACCCCAGAAAACCAUGUUAGCUGGUCUCAAACCCCUGAGUCUCACGUAUACUCUGCUGACCUCCCCGGUGUGAGGAAAGAGGAGAUAAAACUGGAGUUAGAAGAUUCAAGGUACCUCAUAAUUAGAACUGAGGCCAUUGAUGAAUCAGCUCAGCCUGCUAAGACCUUCAAGAGAAAAUUCAGGCUUCCUGGUGGGAUUGAUAUUGAGGGAAUAUCAGCUGGAUUCGAAGAUGGUGUCUUAACAGUCACUGUACCAAGAGCUUUUAGAAGGAGGGGAUUCUUUAUUGACCCAACAGAUGUGCCUGAAAGGCAAGAACUUCUUGCUAGGGCUGCUUGA